CCUUGCACUGCAAGAGGUUUGAAUGAAUGCAAAUGAAGUGGUGGUCUUUAAAAUGGCUCCAGGCACAGGCUUCAUAUCACAUCACAUCAAUCUGUCCUGGAGAGAACACCAUGACGAGUAUCCCCAUCAUCUCGCUUGUAUUGGUAGCCGUGAUGGUGCCGACAGCCUCAGCACAAGGUGGCAUCUCAACCUGCUGUAUGAAAUUCAGCGGCACAAAAGUUCAUCGAGAAAUGCUGAGGAGCUACUACCAAGAAGAUAAAUCAUCAUGCAGUCUACAAGCAGUUGUAUUCACAACAGUCAUGGGUAAAAGAAUCUGUGCCAGCCCCUUCAAUAUGUGGACAAAAACUAGCAUGGCCUUUCUGGACGGCAAGAACUUUGGACAAAGACAGUCGGGCUUAAACAAGCAGCCCAACAGAACGGGACGUCACUGACACUGAUGAUCCUAUUGAGACACAAGCGCUCGAUCUAUCAUCUUAAGCUGUUUGAGUUUAAUCAAAUUUAAACUUUAGAACAUACCUCAGUCUUAUAAAAUUACAACUCUGUUGCAUGUGACUUUUGUUUGAGUUUAUUUAAUAUUUUUAAAACUAAUGUAAACAUGUAAAUAAAUAUUAUUUUUCUAACUGACUCAAGCUUGUUAUAAUAUCAAAAAGUAUAACUAGUGAUCUUAAGAUUCAAAUCUGAAUAAAACUGGUGCCUAC